CUCUUUUAUCGAUAGUUACAGAUUUAAGGGUCCAGAAGUGGGGACAUUGACUUAAAUAAGAGUUGUGCAAUGCUGACUCAUAUGUACCAAGAUAUUUGGAUAUUCAUGUCUUAUAUAUGCAGACAUCCUUUCGCUGAAGACCUAAAACAGAAGGCAUCACAACGAAGGCAAAGCAAAGCAGCAAGGAAAGUAAUGGAACUUAACUCAAGUUGCAAGGUAACUAGUACUAACUUCAAAAUAAUGUCAAAAUCAAAUUGGCUCUCUUUCUCUUUCUCGUGUUUCUGGUUUUCUGCCUUCUUUCUUUUUCAGUUUUCUUUUAAUUUCAGGUUUUUCUUGCUUAAAGUUGCAUGUCUAGUCGCUCAUGUGUCUGCUUUUAAAUAGAAAUUAUCUAAAUAACAUAGCCAAAAAUCUCUGCUCGUGCCAGAAAGUUCCAAACACUCAACUCACUCUUCUAUGCAGUACAUGAAAGAACUCCAGAAUUGGAUUCAAUAUUGUACGCUAUUCUCUUGUUCUCCAAGAUGACUUACCUUUGUUCUUUUGGCUAGUUUGCGUCCUGUUUAGAGAGAUGGAUCAUUUCAGGUUUCAUGUUCCUGAGCAGGUAAAUGAGUAGAAGCUGAAGUUAUUAAGAAAAAUAUGUAACAAGUAAGGCAUGGGAAAUCCUUAGAUCAUAAGAAUGAGAAAACUGCAAACCAGUCGAUGCUGCUAUGUUGCAAGCUGUUCAUAUCAGAGUCACGCAACCGCACAGCUCUUGAUUCAAUUGAAAGAGCAGCUAGGCUCAACCCAGAGACUGUGAUAGUGAACAAAUUUGAGGACAGAGCUUACAAUAGGAUAAGGUACACACUCGUGUCAUAUGUUGUUCUUGAUAGCAUAGGAACUGCCAUUUACAGCCCAUUGCAGCAAACUGUAUUGGUCAUGGUUGAAGCAGCUUAUGGAGCCAUAAACCUCGAGUCACACUGCGGGGCACACCCUCGGCUUGGUGUUGUGGAUGACAUUGUUUUCCAUCCCUUAUCUUGGGCUUCCUUGGAUGAAGCAUCUUGGCUUGCUAAGGCUGUUGCAGCUGAGAUUGGCAGUAGAUUUCAAGUGCCAGUAUUUCUUUAUGCAGCAGCACACUCCACAGGAAAGGCUCUUGACACCAUUAGGCGUGAGCUGGGUUACUACAGACCAAAUUUCAUGGGAAACCAAUGGGCAGGAUGGACAAUGCCAGAUAUUCUCCUAGAAAAGCCUGAUGAAGGCCCCCAACAAGUAUCUCGGGCCCGAGGCAUAACGAUGAUUGGAGCACGCCCAUGGGUCGCAUUAUAUAAUGUGCCGAUCAUGUCCACCGAUGUCUCUGCAACUCGUCAGAUUGCAAGGAUGGUGAGUGCCCGUGGCGGUGGGCUACCAACAGUGCAGACAUUGGGUCUGGUUCAUGGUGAGGAUUCAACUGAGAUUGCUUGCAUGCUGUUGGAGCCAAAUCAGAUUGGAGCAGAUAGGGUUCAGACCCGGGUUGAGAUGCUGGCAGCCCAAGAAGGAUUGGAUGCAGAGAAGGGAUACUUCACUGACUUUUCACCUGAAAUGAUUGUUGAAAAGUACAUGAAUUUAAUCUCUGCUAGCAGAGACUGAUCAAAAACUUGUUUGGACGUUUAACUGUAUCUACAAAUUUGUCCAGGCUUCAGCAGACAUAGCUGUUGCUUGAUAACUAAGACAAUGCACCUAGAAGCAACAUUAACAUUUACUAAUGGAUCACCUUAGACAUGCAAUCUCAAGAUUCAUUCAUGGAUCACCAAAAGAAUAAUCAUAUUUGCUCCUUCCAAGCUUUCCUGAA